AUGGUAGGACAAAAAGGCAGACUUAAAACACUUGGAUAAUACUUAUAAAUGAGAAGAGCUCCGCAUUGUUAAUAUGUUGAGACAGCUGGCUUCCUCCAAACAAGAGUAAAUAUUGGAGAGUAGUUUAGUUUCUAACCUAUAAGGAAUGGUCAUGCCAAUGGAUUAAAAGAUUUAUGAAGAAGGAGAUAAAAUAUAAAGCCGAUGAGAUCAACAGAACUGGAUUUUGA